AUGUUUGGAGCCACUUGCUCGGUGCUUGAAAACAUAAUAAAAGAAGGAUUCACUUACUCUCAACGCGGGGAUGCAAAUGCUACUUAUAAAAUGAUUACAUCAUUCCAAUUUAUAUUUAUUUUGUAUUUAAUGAAGGAAAUCAUGGGUAUUACUGAUAUUCUUUGUCAAGUUUUGCAGCAAAAAUCUCAAUACAUCUUGAAUGCCAUGAAUAUGGUUUCUACUACAAAAGGACUCAUCCAAAAGUUAAGAAAUGAAGGUUGGGAAAAUUUGAUUGAGAAUGUUGUCUCUUUCUCCAAGAAAUUUGAUAUUGACAUUCCAGAAUUGAGCUCUCGUUAUGUCCAAGGUCGUGGUCAUCAUCAACAAGAUUAUAUUACGAUAGAGCAUCAUUAUCAUUUUGAAAUAUUUAAUGCUACUAUAGACUUUCAAAUGCAAGAGCUUGACAGUAGGUUUGGUGAAGGAGCGACAAAACUAUUAACCCUUAGCUCAGUUUUGGAUCCAAAUGAUGCUUAUAAAUCCUUUAAUAUUGAUGAUAUCUUUCAUCUUGUGGAAGAGUAUUAUCUUCUGGAUUUUUCUGAGAAUGAGAAAAUUAAUUUAAGAUUUCAAUUGAAGCAUUUUGAAGUUGAUGUGCUUACUAAUCCGAAGUUUCAGAAUUUGUCAUCCAUUACAGAUUUAUGUCGAAGAUUGGUAGAGACAGAGAAAUCAAAAGCAUACUAUCUUAUUGAUAGAUUGAUUCGUCUUGUUUUGACUCUUCCAGUAUCUACAGCGACCAAUGAACAAGCAUUUUCAGCUAUGAAGAUUGUUAAAACAAGACUUCGCAACAAAAUUGAAAAUGAGUUUUUAGCAAAUAAUUUAGUUGUUUAUAUUGAAAGAGAAAUAGUUAAGAAUUUUGAUUUAGAUUCAAUUCUUGAUGAUUUUGUUUCUUUAAAAGAAUGCAGGUUACAAUUUUAG